AUGUUCACACCACUUAACCUCUCCACCUCCGACGACUCCAACGUGUCAGAUGUGGACUCUCAGAGGCUGCAGGAACUGAGCCACCGCUCCAUCAAAGUCAGCAUCAUCAUCGUUCUGGGAGUGAUGAUCACUUUGGGUAACAUCGCUGUUCUCCUGGUUAUUUCUUCCUCCGUGGCUGGCUGGUCAAGAAACUCCCGGUAUUUCCUCCUGUCCCUCACUGCUGCAGACUCUGCGUUUGGUCUGCUGGUCAUGCCCUUGAAUCUCUGGGUGAGUCUGUUAAAGGACUACACCGAGGGGCCAGAUGCUUUUUGUCACCUUGUGGCCUUUUGCAACGCCACCGUCUACUCCACCUGCAUGUACACACUGGCCACAAUAAGCCUGGAGAGGUAUGUCGCAGUCUUCUACCCGCUCAAGUACUCAACUCUGAUGACAAGGAGGAGGACAUUGCUCCUGAUUGCCUUCGCCUGGUGUUUUCCUCUCUUCUUACUGCUGCCAAUCUCAUUUCCAGUUGGCAUCAUUGAGGUUCACUUUUCCACCGCGUCUCUGGUCUGCAAUCCAUCCUAUUCCACCAACGUCGCCUACUCCCUGAGCCUGACCUGUUUGAUAUUUUUCCCUUGCUCCACUGUCAUGACGUAUGCAAACCUGAGGGUGUGGUGUGCAGCCAAGAGACAGAGACUGAAACUGCGCAAGUAUGGCUGUGCGCUCCGCAGCAGACACAACGUGGCAGCCAGAGUGCUUGUUCCUGUGAUGGCAGCGUACUACACCUGCUGGACCCCCUGCAUGGCAGCCAUGAUCUACAACACAGUGUCGGGUAGCACCGUACCAGAGUGGGCUGAGUUUGUCGUGGUGUGGCUGCCGACCUCCAACGGUUUCCUCAACUGCAUCUUCUACUUCUGGAUAAACCGAAACUUUCGCAGGAAAUCUCGUCUCGUCCUCCAGAGGCUGGCUCUGGCUCUGUGUCCUGGACUGGCCAACACCUUUGGGUGGAGUAACGAUCCAAAUACACAGUUCGUGUCAGGAGUUUGGGAUAACAAUGUCCACGAGCGCUCGUCCAGCGUUUCGUCCACCUGUACCUUAAUGAGCAUGGCUUGA